GCAAGUGUGCUUUUUAUUUUGGAGCAACUUAACGGAAGAGACUCUAAAACUAAGCUUCUUCCUCCAUGUCCGAGCUCUCAGACGUCGAUCUGGAUGUUUAGAACUGCUCUAAAAAGAUUUCAGAACAAAUGGAAAUCGUACAGACACCGAUUUGUCCCAUGGGUUGUACUGAACCUGUCUAAAAAUGAGAAAACGCUGCGGCAGGUAAAGGAGCGCUCGAAAGACAAACAGGUCCCAGAUGAGGAGGUUUCACAGAGCCUGCUGCAGCUCUUCAGAGUCCUGCUCAGUAAUGGGGCAAAUACGGGGGGACUCCGAGCAGCUCAAACUCACUUUCUCAGACAGGUAACAAGUGAAGAACACCAGUGUGGAGGAAAUCCAGUGUGUGGAGAUGAUGCCAUGUUACAGUCUCUUGGAUUCUGCAUUGACCGGAAACCUAGCACUUUGCCCUUUGCAGGAACUGGAGUGUUUGUUACCAAAGGAUUUGUACCCAAAGGAGCUACAGUGGCCAUGUACCCUGGUACAGUAUAUCAAGCCUAUGAGCCAAUUCUCCUCCAGUCCAUCAGAAACCCUUUUUUAUUCAGGUGUAUUGAUGGUGUCUUGGUUGAUGGAAAUGACAAAGGCAUAUCCAAAAUGGUGUUCAAGUCAUGCAGUGGCAGGGACAGAAUAGGGCCUUUCAUGAUGAGUGACACCAGCUGGCUGACAGCCAGUCCACAAAACCCACUUGCUGUUGGUCAGUAUGUGAACAACUGCUCUAAUGAGUUGCCUGCUAACGUGUGCUACCAGGAGUAUGACGUGCCGGACACAUUUCCCAUCGAGCUCCGCCUGUAUCUGCCUAAUGUCAACUACAGCCAUGACACACAGAGGCCUCUACGCUGUGUUGUCCUUGUAUCACUCAGAGACAUUACAGUAGGGGAGGAACUCUUCUCCAACUACUACACCAUUGUGCAUUAGAGUCAAAGUACACUCUGCUGUUCUGCUUUGGUGUCAGAACUGAAGAAAACAAUACUAUCAUUGUCUGUCUUCCUAAGGGGAAAAAUAAUUGUGUACAUUCAGCAUUGCACUGGAAUAAAAGCAAACAUGUCUUGUAUGAA